GCAUCCCCGCUGUCGGGGAGGCGAGGGCAGGAGGGGUGGCAGCGGGAGCGGAACAGGAGGCCCGGGGGACACGGGUCUGGGACAGCAGGUAGCGGAGCCGCGGGCAGCUGUCGCUGCUGCUCAGACCGCCAGUGGCCGCGGCAGGUGCAGGGCUCGGAGUCUCUGUGCACAAAGGCGCCGGGCGGCCAGCAGCGCUGCCCUGGAUUACACGAGGGCACACACCCCGCCGAGUGAGCUGGAAGACCCGGGGGACAGCCGCGGCUCCGGCGCCCACAUGCUCAGCACCGCCAGGGUUCCUGCGGACCGGCCCGUGCGCAUCGCCUUCAGCCUCGGCCAGGCCUCAGAUGGCGCCCCCCCGGAGGACCCCUCGCAGCUCUUCCCGGAACUAGACCAGCAGCUGCAGCCUCUGCCGCCCCGACAUGACUCCCUGGAGUCCAUGCAGGUCUUCAAGCAGCACUGCCAGAUCGCCGAGGAGUACCACGAGGUCCGCAAGGAGAUCGCGCUGCUGGAGGAGCGCAAGAAGGAGCUCCUUGCCAAGCUGGCGCAGGCGGAGGAGGCGAAGGGGGACGCCGCCCAGCUGGCCCGCGAGUUCGAGGCGCUGACGGAGGAGAACCGCACCUUGAAGCUGGCGCAGUCCCAGUGUGUGGAGCAGCUGGAGAAGCUCCGCAUCCAGUACCAGAAGCGGCAGGGCUCGUCCUAGCGCAGGUCCUCCCCCUGCCCCCCCCCCAUCACCCACCCCUCCUGGUCACCCACACGCCGCCGUCUCUCUGGCUGGGCCCGGCGAGGUCGGGCCCGACGGGAGGGAGAUUUCACGUUAAAUAAGACAACGAGAGCAAACCUACUGCCCCGCGUGUUUCAGUAUUUGUUCCCAUUUAGAAGAUAUUUCUCCGCAUUUAGAAGCUAGGGCCGAGACAGAGUAUUGACAGGCUCCCUAAGAAUCUUGAACAGGAUUCAGCCAGGUGCUCACUGCCGUUCGCCCGCACGUGUUUAGAUCUCACGUCGUUAGCAUCUCACCUGAGCGCCAAGCAGAGGCCUCUCCGAUGUGCUCAUGUCCGUCAGUCAGUCCCUGCGCGAGGAUUGCACCCGGAAUAAACGGUCGCGUAGUCGAAGCUUCCUCCUGAAAACGUUAGCAGAGGCGGGUUUGUGCCCGAAGCGCAUUGGCAGUGCCGACCUGCUGCGGGCGUUUCUUCACGCCGCGCUGGCCCCCGGGGAACGUGUCCCCUCGAGUGUGUUCUGGGGGCCCCAGGAGACGGAAGGGGAUCGUUUAGACAUCAUUUUGGGGAGUUCUCAGGGAGACAUCAAAUGACGACCAUUGCUCUGUUUGGAUUUAAAAGGCGUUUGGGGUCAGUGAUAACGAAUGGAAAUAUAUGAGUAAAUUAAGGAUUAACACGAGUUUCCCCCGUUCUACUUAUCACCAUCUCCCCCCAACGUGAUCUCUUUGUUUUAUGUCCAUUUCUAUUCAUGUACCUUCUUUUUCAUUAA